GAGACGAGGCUUUAAAGGGAAGCGCCCGCCCGCCGGGAACCGGGAAUCGCUGGAUUCGGGGGCGGGAGCCGAAGAGCAGAGGACCUUUGGAGACCACAGAAAGUGAAAGCCGGUUUAAAGUUUCCCUUCCACCCUACUUGUCUCUCCCCACCUCCAAUUCCAUUCCCUUCUCCCCUGCCCACCAAGUCAAAAGGAACUAAAAUUUGCUCUUCCCACCCAAUAAAUACUAAUUUUACUUUUCCUCAGGAAAACAGAACUGUCUUCCUGAUUUUAGAGCAUUAGAGAACUCAAAAGACUCCCCGACUUGGUUAUUAGCCUCUGGGAAUCAAAGCUCGAACGGUUUAAGCUUGUUUCCCCCUUUUCCAAAUUCUUUACCUCGUUCUACGUGGGACGCUAUGUCUACCAACAGCUGCACUUUUAAGGACCGUUGCGUGUCCAUCCUGUGUUGCAAAUUCUGUAAACAGGUUCUCAGCUCUAGGGGGAUGAAGGCUGUGUUGCUGGCCAACACUGACAUAGACCUUUACUCUACAGACAUCCCUCCUACCGACACCGUGGAUUUCAUUGGAAGAUGCUAUUUCACUGGAAUCUGCAGCUGUAAACUGAAGGACAUCGCAUGUUUAAAAUGUGGGAACAUUGUAGGCUAUCAUGUGAUUGUUCCAUGUAGUUCCUGCCUUCUUUCCUGCAACAAUGGACACUUCUGGAUGUUUCACAGCCAGGCGGUUUAUGGUGUUAACAGACUAGACUCCACUGGUGUAAACUUCCUACUCUGGGGCAACUUGCCAGAGACAGAAGAAUGUACAGAUGAAGAUGUGUUAGAAAUUUCAGCAGAAGAGUAUAUCCGAUGA